AUGUGGACCAUCUGGGUGAUCUUCUGGAUUUCAACUGUCCCGAUCAAAGCUAUUCCACCUGUCUGUGACCUUCUGAGUGUACUGAAAAGGGAGGAAGAAAAGUGUGUGGAGACUCUUUCCCUGGAGGCAAGGAACAGAACGACUGAAAAUGAUCUGCUCCUGAGCUCAGGCAGAUGUGCUGGAAUGUGGGACAACAUGAGCUGCUGGCCUUCAUCCACUGUGGGACAGACUGUCAAUGCUCACUGCCCCGAAUUCUUUCAGAUGCUGACUGGGAAAAAAGGUUUUGUGUACCGAAACUGUACCAGUGAGGGCUGGUCAGAGCCAUACCCCAGACCUGACAUUGCUUGUGGCUACAAUGUCAACGACACAACCAACGAGGCCAGACGUUCUUAUUUCAUGACCCUGAAGACCAUGUACACCGUUGGAUACUGCACCUCCCUUGUGACAUUGAUGGUAGCCUUGGUGGUCCUGGCCUCCUUUAGAAGACUUCACUGCACAAGGAACUACAUCCACAUGCAUCUCUUCACAUCGUUCAUUUUGCGAGCCUCAUCCAACUUCAUCAAGGAUGCUGUUUUGUUUUCCUCUGAAGACACAAAUUACUGUGGGGCAUACACGGCUGGCUGUAAGCUCACCAUGGUCUUCUUUCAGUAUUGCAUCAUGUCUAACUACAGCUGGCUCCUUGUGGAAGGACUGUACCUCCACACUCUCCUGGUGAUUUCCUUCUUCUCGGAAAGGAAGUUCCUCUGGUGGUUCAUCGCCCUCGGAUGGGGUGCCCCAACGGUGUUUGUGGCUGCAUGGGCGACUGCUCGGCAACUCCAUGAAAAUAUUGGGUGUUGGGACAUUAACACUGAUGCCAAUACCUGGUGGAUCAUUAGAGGCCCCAUAGUUGUGUCUAUUUUUAUUAAUUUCAUUCUCUUUGUCAACAUUUUAAGAAUCCUGAUGAGGAAGCUCACCUCUCCUGAAAAACGGAGCAGUGAUUUCAACCAAUACAAGAGACUCGCAAAGUCAACACUCCUCCUCAUUCCUCUCUUUGGGGUCCACUAUAUCAUCUUUGCUUUUUUCCCUGAGGAUGCAAGCAGUGGCACAAUGGAAAUUCAGCUGUUUUUUGAAUUGGCUCUUGGAUCAUUCCAGGGCUUUGUUGUGGCUGUACUUUAUUGUUUUCUUAAUGGUGAGGUCCAGCUGGAAGUUCAGAGAAAAUGGAGGCAGUGGCAUUUAAGCAAGCACUGGCGACAGCAUCUCAGCACCUCAGCGAGUAACGGGGGAAGCAGCUUGACUCAAGAGAUGCAGGUGGUGAGGUCCAGCCCACCAGAGCACAGGAGAGGAACCCUCCAAAGGUCAAGUGUGCUUUAACUCUG